CCCGCGGUGCAUGUUGGGGCGGUCUCCUUGGGCAACGCUGGCCCGCCAGCUGCCCUGUGGCAAUGCCGCGAGGGCGCGGUGGCGGUGGUGGUGGCCUGCGCCAGGCCUCCGCCACCUCUGCGCCCUUGGCGAGCCCCAGCUACUACGAAAGGGUGGGCCAGCUCCAGCAGGCUCUGCGGGACAGUGAAAAGAAGAGAUUGGACCUGGAAGACAAGCUUUAUGAAUACAAUAAAUCUGAUAAGUGCAGAGCUAAGCUGAAAUGUGCAAAACUAAAGAAAUACCUGAAGGAAGUAUGUGAGUCUGAGAGGAGGGCUCAGGUUCGAAACCAAGGAUAUUUAAAGAAGUUUGAAUGUGUCCAGACGUAUGUUGAACACUUGACCACAAAUACAGAGAAGCUUCAAAAACUGAAGACUGAAUAUGAGGCUGAAGUGAAGAGGAUGCGCCUCCUGUCAAAGGAUAGCCUGGGAAUGAGUGACGAAGACGGAGCAAAGAACUCUAUUGUUGGAAAGCCUUGUGUGAAACCGUGCUGCUUAACCACCUUCAGAAUGAUGGGGUUUCCUGGCCAAGCUAAGCCAAGUCUUUUCCUGAGUCUGCACAGAAGACUGACUCAGUUUCAGAGGGAGAUGAAACAGAUUUGCCAACAUUCAACAAAGCAGAAAUCUCAAGAAAAACAUUACAGGGGCUGCAGAGAUGGCUCAGUCAGAAUACUUGGCUGUUCAGAUCCCUAGCAUCUAAUGUAAAAAAGCCCGCACUGUGCUAUACAUGUGCGAUCCCAGCCUAGUGAACAGAGACAAUGGAGAUCCCUGGAAUUUACUGGUCAGACAGCCCCAGGUUCAGACAGACUUUGUCUCAAAAAAAGAAAAAGAAAAAAAUUGAGGAAGACAUCUGACAUCAAUCUCCGGCCUCCUUGUGCAUACAUACAUAUGCACAAACAUGGACACAUAUGCACGUGACUCCCCCAUUUCCUAAGCAAGCUGGAGCACCUCCCUCCAGCACUUUUUUAAAGCUAGAUCCGUGCAUAUUUCUCCCAGUUUGGCACUACUACAAGACUCAGACUGACCAAAAGUAAAAGGAUUUGGAAAUAGCUGUAGCUCUUCCUUUGUGGGGUGGGAGUCUGACGAUGUUGCCAAGAUGGUUGUGGAAACAAUGAACAACUACCGUUUUGGUGAAAGACUUCAGCUGUGUUGUUUUAUGCCAACAGAAAAAGUACAUGUAGAGCUUUUAAAAGAGUAGAAUGUGCCAUUUCCUUCGCCAUCAUAUCCAGCAGUGAAACGGGAUAAUCAGAAUUGGAAAUGUGGGCCAAAAAUAGAAGAGUGAUUUAAAAGGAAACAAAAGUUACUCCGGAAGAGAUUAGCUGAAGAAAGAAUUCAUUAUAGCGUUCCCCAUCCGCUUUACCUUAUAUGAAAGAGGAGGUUUCAGGCUUCUAGAAGGAAAAAGAGAAAAGGGCUUCACGGGGCGCUCCUGACCCUUCUGUGAAGCCCCAUACCAGCCAGGGCCUAGCCAGUUUGUAUGCCAUUUUUAGAAAGACAAAUCAGAAGUGGCUGAAACAAAUGAUGAUAAAGAUAAUGGGAUUGUUUUUAAACAGAUUGUGUCCAUUGUAAAAGAAAAUAUCCAAAAGCCUCCACACCUCUCCACUCAGAGACAGAAAGACAAAGAGGCAAACCCGUCAGCGAUGCUGAGUGCGUGCAUAUAGCAUGUAUUCUGAAAAACUGUGAUGCUCCCAUUAUGGGGGCUGACUGUUUUCUACAGUAAAAGACAAGCACUGACCAGACUUUUGAGGAAAACAACUGUUUGUUCUUGUGAGGAAGGAGAGUAGAGAGUGGUUUGGCUGCUGCACCCCUCCUGAAGUCUAGGGCCGUGUUCCAGUGCAGUCACUUGUUCUGUCCUCAUCUGGAUGCAGUGCAGGCAGGAAUUAACUCGGGGACAGCUAUGUCAAGAGGAUUGUAUCAACCAGCAACAAUCUUUAUGGGCCGCCAAAUGUCAGCCAUCUCAAGCAUUGAAGAUUUCAGUACAGAGCUGAAAUCUAACCAACCCACAAAGAACUUUUCAAUCUCUGACCCACAUUCACACCAACAGACAGCCCAGAGCAGCUGUGUGACAGACAGCUGUGUAGUGCAGACUAAUGGUGACACACAGUGCUUAAAUAAGUCUGACAAAAUACAUGGAAAGACAUCUCUUCAGACUGGUGAGAAGGCGCCAGUCACAAGCUAUGUAUUGUCUGCAGAAGAACAAACUCAUUGCUUGGAGAUAGGAAGCAGCACACAGCACAGCAAGAGUAAUUUAUCUGAAGGCAGAAAGUCUGCUGAACUCCAUUCCUCGUUACAGGAAAGAUUAAGUCCAGAGAACAGCAUCACUGAUUUAAAGUGUGACAGUUCCAGCAGAUCAGAGGGAUCAGACAGAGAAAUACUGACACAAGAACAUAUUGAAGUCAGGGAAGAAAGAGCCGGCCCGCUGGUCCCCAUGAUGGCAGCUUCAGAACACUGUACAUCUGCAAAGAAGUGGGCUGGAGAGAAGCAUUCUGCUUGGGAAGCUUCCUCAGAUGAUCUUGACCACGGGGACUCAAAGUCACAGAAGGCCGUCCUGAAACAUGAGGAAGAGCAGGAGGAGGGAAGCUCAUGCAGCAGCAGCGACCUCACAGUUUCUGUCAGUGAAGAUGAUCUGAUUCUAGAGAGUCUGGCCGCACUGUCGAAUCCAGGAGCCAAGAUGGCGGGCAAAGAUGGAAUGCAGGCCUUGCGAGCGGCCCACACUGAACCAAGACAAGAUUCGCUCUUCACGGAAUAUGUUUUACAGACCCAAAGCUUUCCUGAUUCAAAAAGGGAACCCUCCCCAGAUUCACCAAGACAACCUGAAAAAGUACCAGAUUGUCACUUAUUGAAGACACGAGGGCAAUGUAUGAAGGAACAUGAUAAUUCUCUUAAAGAGGAGGCAACAACAUUAUUGAAAAAAGUCCUUACAGAAGAAUGUGACCAUAGGUCAGCUAUUCACAGUAAUGAAUCAUCUUGCAGCAUGCCAUCUAUUCUGAAUGACAAUAAUGGAAUAAAGGAAGCAAAACCCGCUCUGCGGCUCAACAGUGUUCUUACAAGGGAACAAGAAGUUUCAAGUGGCUGUGGAGAUGAGAGCAAGGAAGAAAGCAUAGCUGCGGCCCCAGGCACAGGACACAGAGAGGCGGAUCUAGUACCCUCAGAACUGUUUCAGUUCAGCUUGGGAGCAGCCAUGAAAGAAACAAAAGCCUACCAGUUACUGAAGAAGUCUACCCUUCAGGACAAUUCAAAUCAAGCUGAAGAGAGAUUUGAAAGUCAGUUUUCAGGUCUGGAUAUUGGUGGCAGCAUGUUCACAACAAAGACAGCCCACAAAAUCGCCUCGGAAGCUAGUUUUUCAUCUAGUGAAGGAAGUCCUUUGUCAAGGCACGAAAGCAAAAGGGACCCAGUGACCACCAUAAAGUCAAAUGCCUUCUGGGGGGAGUCUGAUGACAGUAACUCUGAAAUCGAAGCUGCCCUACGUCCUAGAGACCAUGACAUGCCCGAUGAUUUUGAUGAUUUUUAUGACACAUGAGCUGUUGCAUGCUUAGAAAUAAAGUCUUUAAAACAAAG